AUGCUCAUUAGAUGGAUCCACACAGAGCACACUGGGGCUUUGGCGCCAUUUGGCACUCUUCACAUUAGAUGGAGUCUAGCCCAGGAGUAUGCUGCUAACAUGCUCUACCAUUACCUGAUUACAACCAAUAUUCCCCAUCAUGCUGCACUUCUCCCACUUCUGCAUCAACUGCUUGUGACCCUUGUCAAGCAGAAAUUUACAGACUUAGAAAUGAUGACAUGCUCAACAGACUAUUCCCUGUGCAUGGGCUCACUGGCUGAUAAUGGCGGCUUUCUACUUGCUUCCACUAACACCAAGACUUGUGAGGCAUCUCAGCCUAUGGAAAAGUCAACCACUGCUCUGGAUGAAAGGGAAGGCACUGGUGAUGGUGUGGUGGUUGUGCAAUUCCAGGAAGUAGAGGAAGAGUUUGUAGAUUGUCAUGGGGAUGAUAUGGACUUGGAAGAGGGAGAGUCUAUGCUACUGCAUAAAGCUGAAGAUGAAUGGGACUUUGAAAAAAAAUAA